CAGUCGAGCAGCUCGCGUGCGCCCUCCCCGCCCGAAGCGAAGCCACGCUCAACCAGAAACCCCCAUGGCGGCGCCGUGGGUGAUCCUGGGCCGCGUCGCCCGCUUCGCCGCCGCGGAUCCGGGGGACGACGCCGAAGCCGACCCCGCCGACUUCUCCCUCGCGGUCGCGCUGCCGCCGCGGGUCGCCGUGCUUACCGCGGCCCUGAGCGCGCACCCCGACCCCGCGCGGCCCGACAGGUACCCCUACAUCCUCGCCGCCGGCUCCGGGUGCCUGCUCUCCCGCUUCUCCGCCGCCCCGUUCUACGGCGCGCGCUUCGGCCUCGACCCUCCCGACACCCACCUCGUGCUGGUACACGGCUUCGGCGCGGCUGCGGGCGGGAGCGGGACCACGGCCUCCGCCGUGCGCGUCCCCGACCGCCCCGCCUCCAUGCCCGCCAUCCGCAACAUCGAGGGCGUAGGCCUCGUCGACCUCGACGACGGCAAGGGCUACCUGAUCGCCGAGCUCCAGAUCGACAGCGGCAGCGACCGCGCCAGGCUCUUCCGCGUCCACACGGGCCAGGACCGCUGGAUGGAGACGGAGCUGCGUAACCCCCUGCCCGCGCGGGACCGGGAGUGGGUUCCCGGCGGCGUGGUCUCCCUCGGCGGGAAGCUCUACUGGUACGACCUCUCGUGGGGGAUCCUCAUGUGCGACCCCUUCGUCCACGCCCCGGAUCUUCUCUUCUGCAGCCUCCCGCCAGGCCGGGUUCUCGACCUGGCUCGUCCCCACAUCCACAACAGCCGCAGCAUCACGGUGAGCCGUGGCGCCCUGCGGUACGUGGAGAUCAUCCCUGAGGGCGGCGACAAUGGUGAAGCAGCGAGAAUCUUAAUGUCGACAAUGGAGCCCACCGGUUGGGAAGUGCCGUACGAGGAGAGGUUCGAGGAGAUCUGGAACGACACCAGCUACAGGAAGACCUGGCUUCCCAAGGAGGUACCUGAGUUGGUGGUCGUGUGCCCAUCGAACCCCGAUCUGGUCUACUUCGCCCUGGAGCAGCACAUAUUCAGCGUCAAUAUCCGUGGGCAUGAAGUCCUGGAGUUUGCAGAACAGACACAUGAGCUGGUGAACCUGCCAUGGCCAACACCGGCCUCGUGCCGCUAUGUCCUUGCUUGGGACCUCCCAUCAACGGCUGCUCAAGCAGGGUUGCUUCUCAAGGAAAAAAGGGACCACCCAGAUGAGGAAACAUACCAAUAUGCAAAGUUUUGCAGCAGCCGGGUAGAGACCUUAAAAGGGAAGAAGGAUUGGGAACUAUGUCACAUGUGUUUCUUUCAAAAUGGAUGCUCCAUAUCUGUGAAGAAAACACAGAUGGGAAAACAUUGUGACAAUGUUCACAGAAACAAAGGUUUCUUAUGUCCUAAAACUGGUUGCGUUGUCCGAGCUGCGACACUUGGAGAGGUUGGCUUACACCACCACUAUCUCCACGGGCAGAGUUCAAGGGAUUGGUGGCGGUCCUACUUGGAGGAGCACAAGUAGGUGUGAGCUGCAUGCCGUGAUUGGGCGAAGGAGUCAGCAAAUCCAUCAGGCAGGUCAAAACAUGUG